AUGUGUUUAACUCUCUCUUUAUCUAUCUAUCUAUCUAUCUAUCUAUCUAUCUAUCUAUGUUUCAUUGAAUGUGACGGCAAAGAAAAUUCCAAAUGUGAACAAGAAUUCAUCAAAGACCAGUGUUUGCUGAGCGAAACACAGAAAUGUAACGUUUUGCUAGAGAAGAAGAUAUUCGGUUCUUGCAUUAAGAAACUUGGCUUGGAAAAAGUCAGACGACACGUGACCUUAUGCAAAAUGAACGCCUGCAGCUAUUUCAUGACGCCGACUAUCUACAAUACAGUCAUGUGUGACAGCAUUCGACAUUUCGCUAAAAUGUGUGAGAAAAUUGGAGAAGCUUCGCACUGGAGAGAAGUGUCCGAAUGCGGUGAGUAUUUCUUCUUCUUCUUCUUCUUCUUCUUCUUCUUCUUCUUCUUCUUCUUCUUCUUCUUCUUCUUCUUCAAAACGUGCUCAUAG